GCGCUCUGUACCAAACAUUAGUCAAAGGGAGGAGUCCUUAGCCUCUUUGAGAUUAAAAACAAAAGGUCCAAAACGGUAGCGUAUCUCCUGUAAUUAGAUCAUCCCCCAAAAUUUCAGAAACCCUAUCCGUAAGGGAACCCUGCGAUUAAAAGCUUCCCUCAACUCAACGGUGCAACUCCUUGGCCCCAAACCCAGCUGCCAUUUUCAUGUUCUAUGUAAAACCCAAAAAUAGAACAAGACAAUGAAUGCUUGUAAAACAAUAUUCCGUAUAUCUUUUUCUACAUUUCAACCCAAGCUUGACUUAAACCCUAAACCCUUCUACCUUCCUCUCUCUCUUCGACCCUUCACUUCAGUUCCUUUAUGCAGUAGAAUUAGUUUUAGUAGAAUCCGAACAAGGUCUUUCUCGGCGGUACAGGAAGUAGCCCCUUUAGAAGAUGAAUCCCCGGAAGACUUGGCAAAGGACACCGUGGAGAACCUGCUGACUCACCAAGAUGAUGUUGCAGGGUUGAUGAAAAUGGAGAGGAAAUCUGGGAUGCAAGUCUUCAGUAACCGGUGGUUUCCUUACUUGGAUAUGUUUAAGUGCGGGAGUGAGUAUCUGAGAAGCAGGGAGGUUAUAGAGGUGGUGGGACCUAUCUUGAUGGAGGAGAGGAAAGAAAGGUUGAAGAGGGUGGUGAGAAAUAGGAGCUAUUCAGUUUGCUUGGUGGUGGAGGGAUUGUGUGAUUUCGGCAAUGUUUCCGCCACGUUCAGGUCUGCUGAUGCACUUGGUUUGCAGUCAGUUCAUGUGGUGUCAUGUGACAGCUCGAAAAGGUGGUACAGAGAAAACCGUCAUGUUAGCAUGGGUGCAGAGAAAUGGUUGGAUAUCGAACUUUGGAACUCUCCCAAAGAGUGCUUUGAACUUUUAAAAUCACGUGGUUAUCGGAUAGCCACUACACAUGUGGGAAUGGAUGCAGUAUCCAUAUAUGACAUGGACUGGUCAAGGCCUACUGCUAUUGUAGUUGGGAAUGAAAAUAGGGGAAUAAGUGAUGAGGCCCUGGAACUGUCAGAUUUGCAUUGUAGUAUUCCGAUGAAAGGCAUGGUGGACUCUUUCAAUGUUUCUGUGGCUGCAGGCAUAAUCAUGCACCACGCUGUUUGUGACAGAAUAGCUCGCCUGGGUUGUCAUGGUGAUCUGAAUGAGGAAGAAAGCCAAAUCUUACUUGCAGAGUUCUUUUUGCGUCAUAAUAAAAGCACAAUCAGCAUAGCUAAUGAGUAUGCUAAACGGAAGGCCACUAUAUCCAGGCCAAGGCUGUGAUGUAGUCAAAUGCUUGAUGUACGAUUUACAGUUGUUAAGAUAAUUGUAAAUGAUAUACCGAGGCUGUGGCUGUGAAGAAAUGAAGAACAGUUUGAGGAAUUC